AUGCGCGCCGACCGAGACCGGAUCAGCUCUCCGGCCCGGGGCAGAAGGAAGGCGAGGCAGGGGUCGGGGCGCACGGGCUGGGUGUGCACUCGCCGGCCCCCCUCCGCCCCGACCCGGGGAGCGCGGGGCCCCGACUACAGGACGGCCCAGUGCGUGCUGGCGCCGGGACACAGCAGAUCCCCCGGGAAGGGAAGAGAAGGGAAGGGACGGAGAGGCGGCGCAGCCGUCGGCUGGGACCAAGCGCGCGCUGGCUCCCCAAGCUCGGUGCGGGCGCAGCCCCCCGCUCCCCGGACACACCCACUGCGCCCGCCGCCCGCGCCGUCGCCCCGAGGUCCAGAGCGGGCCCGGGAGGAGGACAGCGGCCGGGCCGGGUCGGGGCCGCGCGGGCGGGGCGCAGGGGGCGCGGGCGGCUCUGCUCACCUGGCGGUCCGCGUCCCGGAGCGGCCGGCGGCCGCCUCGCCUCGCCCCCGCGUGCUUCCCGGCGCCGGGCAGCCCCGAGCCCGCCGCAUGGACGGCCGCCGCCUCCGCCCCGCGCCCGCCCUGCACGGGCUCCCGCUGCGCCCCGGUUCGGCGUCGGGCUGCGCGGGCGGCCAGAGGCUCGGGCGCGCGCGGAAAGCUGUGGCUCGAAGUUUGCGACCGGGAGAACCGGGAUCCGCGCUCCCUCGGUCCCUCCUCCCUCCCCCACCGGCGGCCUCCCGCUGUCAUCUGGAGCCGCUCCUGCCGCCCCCUGGCGGCCGCCUCGGGAAGGAACGCCCUCCCCCCCCCCCCCCCAACCUCCCGCCGUGA